AUGGUUAUAAAGUUCACUUCCAAUGUUGUGCAACCACCCGUCUUGUUGUACAUGGGCGUAGACAAGUUUGAGAACGAACAUCUAAUUAAAUAUGGAUGGCCUGAAGAUGUAUGGUUUCACGUGGAUAAACUUUCUUCAGCUCACGUCUACUUACGAUUGCCUGAAGGAAUGACGAUUGAUUCAAUUCCGGAAUUAUUGGUAGAAGAUUGCGUUCAACUUGUAAAGGCAAACUCGAUCGAAGGCAAUAAACUUAACAACGUCGAUGUAGUCUACACAAUGUGGUCGAAUUUGCAUAAAACUGGUGAUAUGGCAAUUGGACAAAUAGGAUUUCACUCACAACGAGCUGUCAGAAAGAUUCGCGUCGAGAAGAGGAAAAAUGAAAUUAUUAAUCGGCUAAAUAAAACCGAGAAGAAGGAAGACAUUGAUUACAAAGCUGAACGUGAUGAUCGAGAUGCGAAAGAGCGUCAACAUCAGAGAGCCGCUGAAAAGAUAAAAAAGGAGGCAGAAACGAAACUUGCUGAGCAAAAAGAAAAAGAACGACGAAUCAGAAAUUAUGAAGAUGUUGAAGUCGACGAUGCUUUAUGCAACAAAAACAAUGAGGAUGGCAACCUUUCUGAUGACUUCAUG